AUGGGUGGUCUGCCUCUUUGGAGAAGCCCCUUGUCCAAGGCGAGUGAUCGACGAGGUCAAGCAGUCGACAAUAUAGCUGAUGUGACAACCCGAGACGAGACGCUCUUUGAGAAUCCACAGUUCGAACAUUAUGAAUCAACAUCCAAUAUUCAGCUGUUCUUCGACCUCUUCUUUGUUGCCAAUUUGACCUCCUUUACAAAUUCUCAUGAGAUCAACAGUUCAUCAAUCCCCUCACACCCAGAGCUAAGCUCCUACAUCGGGUUCUUCUGCAUCUUGUGGUUCACCUGGGCUCAGGUCACGCUAUAUGAUGUCCGGUUCGCUACAGACAGCAUCAUUGAACGCAUCGCCCACGCAUGCCAUUUUGGAGUUAUGGUCGGGCUCGCGAUCAUUGGACCAGAGUUUCUGGCGGAAGAUGACGGAUGGGGGCCUCUGCAGCAGCUAUCACUCAUCCUGAUGGUGAACCGUAUCGUUCUUUUCUGUCAAUAUGGUUCAACUUUAUUCUUUACCUGGAGGUAUCGUGCCACCCGUCUACCAUUGAUGGUCGUGAUGGCGUCUCUAUUUGUCGCCGCGGUCCUUUAUUUCGGUCUAUCGUUUGCCUUUUACCGACGUACGGCUUACGACGCAUAUCUCGCGUGGUAUGUAGUUGCUGUGAUGGAGGUCGGGGUUAACCUGGCCCUGGCAGCCCAUUGGCGAGCUAUGUCAUUUGAGAAAACACAUCUUGUAGAGAGGUUGACUUGUUUGACACUGAUCAUUCUCGGCGAGGGGAUUAUCGGCCUCACCAAGACAAUUGUCAAGAUUGAGACAUAUGACCUCAGAUUCACCUCCGCCGACAUUGGCUCUAUCAUAUCAGCGUACUUUACUUACCAGCUAUAUUUUGAUAAUGUCCGCAUGGAGCCGUUUGGUUCCGUCCACCAGCAGCUUUGGUCUAUACUCCACUUUCCUUUCCAUCUGGCCCUUGCUCUCAUGAUGGAAGGAACAAACCAGAUCCUACUGUGCACUCAUGUCGUUCAAGACCUUUUCAAAUUGUCGGCUCCCUUCCAAGGUGAGGCUACUCCACAGGUUGGGCUCAUUAUGCUGAAUGAAACGGUUCAUACCAUCUACGAGAGAUUUCCCUCCACAGAGGCUGUAAUCAACGAGGUUGAAGAGUCGUUGCAUGCACUCUUAGAACCUGCUACCAACGCAACGCAGGAAGAGACGCUAGCAAACUUCCAACUCGUGCUGAGACAAAUGGCUAAAACAGUCAUUGAAGGCUACGGCUGGGAACCUCCAAAGGCAGUCGCCGAGGAGGACUUCAGUGGAUACGCAAAUUCAAUCGUAUCGAUUUUUAACCUCACUUUUGGAUAUUUCUGCAUCUGUGUCGGCCUGGUCUGUUUGAUAAUUGGCGUUCUCACAUUAUUGUCACAAGGAGAUGGCUAUUCGCGUAUGCGUUAUAUCAGUAUCGGCGCCAAUAUCCUCCUCGGUCUGGCUAUUACACUGCUGAGCACCAUGGUCCUAACCGACGCGGCAGGGAACCUGGGCACAACGCCCUGGACACUUCCAGCGCUCUCAUUGAUCUUACUUACUUUGAUUAUUUUACAUCACAUUGCUAUCUGA